GGUUCAAACUCUCAGCACGGAGCCGGCAGCACUGACUGACUGAAGAACUACACUCUUUAACCGAGUAUACACGGAUUUAAAGCGAAUGCCAGAGAAGAAAUCGUCAGGUGUGCUUGGGAAAAGUUGAGAGCUGCAGUGAGCAGCGUGAGGAGGACCUGAGUGAAGAUGCCUGUCUCCACUCAGCUAGGCCUGCUGCUGUGGAAGAACCUCACGUACAGGAGACGGCAAACGUUUCAGCUACUGAUUGAGAUUGUGUGGCCCCUCUUCAUCUUCUUCAUCCUGAUUGCUGUGAGAUUAAACUACCCCCCAUAUGAGCAACAUGAAUGUCACUUUCCCAACAAAGCUAUGCCCUCAGCAGGCACCCUGCCAUGGAUUCAGGGCAUUCUGUGCAAUGCCAACAACCCAUGCUUCCGCCACCCCACCCCUGGAGAAUCCCCUGGGAUAGUCGGUAACUUCAACGAUUCUAUAAUCUCAAGACUUUUUUCUGAUGCCAAGAAAAUCCUGUUGUACAGUCAGAAUGACAAGAGUUUGGAUGGGUUUAAAGAGUUAAUCAGUGCAGUGAAAGCCAUGCAGAACAACACUCCAGGUUUCAAGCUUAAAGACUUCCUAAAUGACAAUGAGACCCUGUCUGCAUUCCUCGCACAAAACGCCUCCCUCUCAGAGAACAUCGUACAGGAUAUUCUAAAGGCAGAGGUGAAUCUGGGAAAGGUGCUAUCACGAGGCUACGGGGUACACCUGAGAAACAUGUGCAACACCUCCACCUUGGGGGACUUUGUCAAAUUUCCCAACAAGAAAGUAGCAGACCUCACCCAUGACAUCAUCUGCAGCUCCCCUCACAGUUGGUUAAACCAGGCUGAGAAACACUUUAUUGCCAACUUGGACUUCUUUAAGCCUCUAAGGCCGGACAUAAAAUCUGAAACAAGUGAUGCCCACCAUGUUGCCAAAGCCACAGACAGUCUACUUGAAAGCCUGGGUGCACUGGCUGUUGAGCUGGCCAGCAUGCGGAGCUGGAGUGACCUGCGAAAUGAGAUCCUCUUUCUGACCCAGAAUGCAACUAGUUCGCCCAGUCAGAUGUACCAGGCCGUGUCCCGAAUUGUAUGUGGACACCCUGAAGGUGGUGGCCUCAAAAUCAAGUCCCUUAACUGGUAUGAGGACAGCAAUUUCAAAGCACUUUUUGGCAACAACAACAGCAGUGAUGACGAAUCUGCUUCUCUCUAUGACAACACGACCACUCCAUAUUGUAACAGUCUCAUGAAGAACAUGGAGACGAGUCCUAUCUCUCGCAUGAUCUGGAGAGCUUUGAAGCCUCUGCUCAUGGGAAAAAUCCUGUACACCCCUCACACUCCCGCUACACAAAAGAUCAUCCAAGAGGUCAACAGGACAUUUCAGGAGUUGGGUAUCCUCAGAGACCUGGGCGGAAUGUGGGAGGAGACCAGACCCAAAGUUUGGCAAUUCAUGGAGAACAGUGAGGAAGUAGACCUGUUACGGACUUUGCUACAGAACAAUAUCACAGCCUCUUACUUCAGGGCCCAGCUGAGUGGCACUCAGUGGAGUGUACAGGAUCUGAGCAGUUUUUUGUCCAAGCAGUCGGAGGACACACGUCCACCUGGAACAGCAUUCACAUGGAGAAACGUCUUUAAUGAGACGGAUCAGGCCAUUCAAAGCAUCUCUCGCUUCAUGGAGUGUGUAAACCUAGAUAAAUUGGAGCCUGUGAGCACAGAGGAAAAGUUAGUGAACGAGUCUCUCAGUUUGCUGGAUAACAGGAAGUUUUGGGCUGGAAUUGUGUUUCCUGACAUCGACCUGAACAGCUCUGAGCUCCCUCCCCAUGUCAACUAUAAGAUCCGUAUGGACAUCGAUAACGUAGAGCGCACAAACAAGAUCAAAGAUGCAUACUGGGACCCUGGUCCCCGAGCUGACCCAUUUGAGGAUAUGCGGUACAUUUGGGGUGGUUUCUCAUACCUGCAAGAUGUUAUAGAGCAGAGCAUUAUCAGAGCAGUAACAGGGACCAAGGAGAAGACUGGAGUCUACAUCCAGCAGAUGCCAUACCCUUGUUAUGUUGAUGACAUUUUCUUGCGUAUAAUGAGCCGUUCCAUGCCUCUGUUCAUGACCCUGGCCUGGAUGUACUCUGUAGCCAUCAUUAUAAAGAGUGUGGUCUAUGAGAAGGAGGCUAGACUUAAGGAAACCAUGAGGAUUAUGGGACUGGACAAUGGUAUUUUGUGGUUCAGCUGGUUCAUCAGCAGUCUUAUCCCUCUACUCAUGAGUGCUGGACUACUGGUGCUUUUACUCAAGAUGGGAAAUCUUCUUCCUUACAGUGACCCUGGUGUGGUCUUCCUCUUCUUGGGCUCUUUUGCUGUGGUCACCAUCAUGCAGUGUUUCCUUAUCAGCACAGUGUUUGCUCGGGCCAACCUGGCCGCUGCCUGUGGAGGAAUCAUCUAUUUUACACUGUACUUACCCUACGUGCUGUGUGUGGCCUGGGAGGAAUACAUAGGUCUUUCAGCUAAAGUCAUAGCUAGUCUGCUGUCCCCUGUGGCGUUUGGUUUUGGCUGUGAAUACUUCGCCCUUUUUGAGGAGCAGGGAGUGGGAAUCCAAUGGAGCAACCUCAUCUCUAGCCCAAUGGAGGGUGAUGAUUAUAGCCUCACCACCUGCAUGAUCAUGAUGUACUUUGAUGCCUUUCUUUAUGGUGUCAUGACGUGGUAUAUUGAGGCGGUGUUCCCUGGGCAGUAUGGCAUUCCCAGACCAUGGUACUUCCCAGUCACCAAGUCCUAUUGGUUUGGAGAAGGAGAACAAAGGCAGGCACCUACAGUAAAUGGAAAAAGGGCAAAUGCAGGAGCAGUGUGCAUUGAGGAAGAGCCAACUCACCUUGAGCUAGGAGUGUAUAUCGAGAACCUGAUAAAGGUUUACCGCCAUGGCAAAAAGCUUGCUGUGGACGGACUGACAUUGGGCUUCUACGAGGGCCAGAUCACAUCCUUCCUGGGUCACAAUGGAGCUGGGAAAACCACCACCAUGUCCAUCCUUACUGGUCUAUUUCCACCAACCUCUGGCACGGCAUACAUCAUGGGUAAAGACAUUCGCUCAGAGCUCAGUGCAAUCCGACAAAGCCUGGGUGUGUGCCCUCAACAUAAUGUCCUCUUCAGCAUGCUGACAGUGGAGGAGCACAUCUGGUUCUAUGCACGACUCAAAGGUCUGUCUGAAGAGGAGGUAAAGCGUGAGAUUGAUCAGAUCUUGUAUGACACCGGUCUCCCACACAAACGCCAGUCCAGGACCAGUGAGCUGUCUGGUGGAAUGCAGAGAAAGCUUUCAGUGGCCCUCGCAUUUGUUGGUGGAUCAAAGGUAGUCAUUCUGGAUGAACCAACAGCUGGUGUUGACCCCUAUGCUCGCCGGGGAAUCUGGGACCUCCUGCUAAAGUACCGUGCAGGCCGGACCAUCAUCCUUUCCACUCAUCACAUGGAUGAAGCUGACAUCUUAGGCGACCGUAUAGCUAUUAUCUCUCAUGGAAAGCUGUGCUGUGUGGGCUCCUCGCUCUUCCUUAAGACUCAUCUUGGAUCUGGAUACUACCUCACUUUGGUUAAGAAAGAACCGGAAGCUUCUAUUAGCUCAAGCAGAAAUUCCACCACUACUGUUUCAUACAUCAAGAAGGAUGAAGCAGCUUCAGAUAGCAGUUCAGAUGCUGGUCUGGGUAGCGACCAUGAGAGUGAUGCUGCCACAGCUGUUGACGUCUCACUCAUCUCAGGUCUAGUCAUUAAGCACGUCCCUAAUGCACGCAUGGUGGAAGAUCUGGGCCAUGAGAUCACCUACAUCCUGCCUUAUGAAUCUGCUAAAGAUGGUGCCUUUGUUGAACUCUUUGGUGAUCUGGAUGAUCAUCUUGCUGAUUUGGGAAUCUCUAGUUAUGGUGUUUCAGACACGACACUUGAAGAGAUUUUCCUUAAAGUGGCAGAGGAUAGCGGUGUCGACACGGAAAUUAUGUCAGAUGGCACACUCCCAGUUCGCAGACGCAUGCGGCAUGCUUUUGGAGCCGACCACCAGAGCUGCCUUAAACCCCUAACUGAAGACGACCACGUUAACGGCAAUUAUUCUGAACUUGAUCCAGACUCUAAGGAGACAGAUUAUUUGAAUACUACAGAUGGUAAAGGCUCAUACCAGGUCCAGGGCUGGAACUUAAAGAGACAGCAGUUUGUAGCUUUGCUUUGGAAAAGAUUUCUGUAUGCUCGCCGUUCCAGGAAGGGAUUCUUUGCCCAGAUUGUUCUGCCUGCUGUAUUUGUGUGCAUUGCUCUGGUGUUCAGUCUUAUUGUUCCUCCAUUUGGAAAAUAUCCCAGUCUUGCUCUGCAGCCCUGGAUGUAUGAAGAACAGGUCACCUUUUUCAGUAAUGAUGCACCUGAGGAUGCCAGCACUCAAAGAUUACUGUCUGCACUUACAGAAGGCCCUGGGUUUGGAACACGAUGCAUGGAAGGAGAGCCAUUACUGGAUGUGCUAUGCACUAUGGGUGAUGAGGACUGGUCAACACCGGAAGUACCAGAAAAUGUAUGGGAGGUGUUCAAGAAUGCUAACUGGACAAUGGACAACCCUUCCCCACCAUGUGAGUGCAGCUGUGAUGGCAAGAAGAAGAUGCUUCCAGAAUGCCCUGCUAGUGCUGGAGGCCUGCCACCUCCUCAGAUAAUGAUAAGUGAGAAAGACACCCUACAAAAUCUGACCGGAAGAAACAUCUCUGACUACCUCGUCAAGACCUAUGCUCAAAUUAUUGGCAAAAGUUUAAAGAACAAGGUGUGGGUAAACGAGUUUAGAUAUGGCGGUUUCUCACUGGGUGCCAGAAGUACUCAGGUGCUGCCUCCUGCUCAGGAGAUUGAUGAUGCCAUUUCUCGUGUGCGAGAGAUAUUCCACCUCAGAAAGAACACAGGGACAGCAGCUGACCGCUUCUUAAAAAGUCUAUCUGCAUUCAUCAACAACUUGGACACCAAAAAUAAUGUUAAGAUUUGGUUCAAUAACAAGGGUUGGCACAGUAUUGGAGCCUUUCUUAAUGUGAUGAACAAUGGUAUCCUGCGUGCCAAUCUGCCUCCCGGCAAGGACCCAAGCAAGUAUGGCAUCACAGCCCACAAUCAUCCUCUGAACCUUACCAAAGAACAACUUUCCCAAGUGGCACUGGUAACAACCUCGGUGGAUGUACUGGUGUCCAUCUGCGUUAUUUUUGCCAUGUCUUUCGUUCCUGCUAGCUUUGUAGUCUUCCUUAUCCAAGAGCGUGUUAGCAAGGCCAAACAUAUGCAAUUUAUCAGUGGAGUUCAGCCAUACCUCUACUGGAUGGCAAAUUUUAUCUGGGAUAUGUGCAAUUACAUUGUACCAGCAACACUGGUCAUAAUCAUCUUUGUGUGCUUCCAACAAAAAGCCUAUGUUUCCUCCACCAACCUGCCUGUGCUGGCUUUGUUGCUGCUUCUCUAUGGGUGGUCUAUCACUCCUCUGAUGUACCCAGCUUCAUUCCUGUUUAAAAUCCCCAGCACAGCUUAUGUGGUACUAACCAGUGUCAACAUCCUGAUUGGAAUCAAUGGCAGUGUGUCUACAUUUGUACUGGAGUUGUUUGGCAAUAAUGAAAUUGGUGGAAUCAACGACAUCCUAAAGAACGUACUUUUGAUCUUCCCUCACUUCUGUCUUGGGCGAGGCCUGAUCGACAUGGUGAAGAACCAGGCCAUGGCUGAUGCGCUGGAGAGAUUUGGUGAGAACCGUUUCCGAUCUCCUCUUGAGUGGGACAUGGUGGGUAAGAACCUCUUUGCCAUGGCUGUGGAAGGAGCGGUCUUCUUCAUUAUCACCGUCCUCAUCCAAUACCGUUUCUUCUUUAAACCAAGGUCUUUUCGCCCUAAGCUGAGUCCCAUUGGAGAAGAGGAUGAGGAUGUGGCCAGGGAGAGGCAGAGAAUCAUCUCUGGAGCAGGACAAGGAGACAUUCUUGAGCUCCGUGAGCUUACCAAGGUUUAUAAGAGGAAACAGAAGCCUGCUGUGGAUAGGCUGUGUGUGGGCAUCCCUCCAGGAGAGUGUUUUGGUCUACUUGGAGUAAAUGGAGCUGGAAAGACAAGUACAUUUAAGAUGCUAACUGGUGAUUCUGCAGUGACCAGUGGAGAAGCCUUCCUGGCUAGGAAGAGUAUACUUAGAGAAAUAGAUGAAGUACAUCAGAACAUGGGCUACUGCCCUCAGUUCGAUGCCAUCAAUGAUCUGCUUACAGGCAGAGAGCAUCUGGAGUUUUAUGCUAUCCUUCGUGGUGUUCCUGAAGCAGAAGUGUGUGAGGUGGCUGAAUGGGGUAUCCGUAAGCUGGGUCUUAUAAAGUACGCUGAAAAAGCAGCCGGAAGCUACAGUGGGGGCAACAUGCGCAAACUCUCUACAGCCAUGGCACUCAUCGGAGGCCCACCAGUAAUCUUCCUGGACGAGCCCACUACUGGUAUGGACCCCAAGGCCCGUCGAGCUCUGUGGAACUGCAUUCACAGUCUUAUCAAGGCAGGACGCUCUGUUGUGCUCACCUCACACAGCAUGGAGGAAUGUGAGGCUUUGUGCACCAGAAUGGCUAUCAUGGUAAAUGGCCGAUUCCGCUGUCUGGGAAGCGUUCAGCAUCUGAAAAACAGAUUUGGUGAUGGGUACACCAUCAUCCUGAGGGUAGCAGGACCUGAACCAGACCUGCAGCCUGUGAUGAAGUUUAUUGAGAGUGAGCUGCUUGGCAGCACAUUGAAGGAGAAGCACAGAAACAUGCUACAGUAUCAGCUGCCCUCAUCCCUUUGCUCCCUCGCUCACAUCUUCAGCAUACUUGCCAAGAACAAAGAUUUUCUCAGGAUAGAAGAUUACUCAGUUUCCCAAACAACACUGGACCAGGUGUUUGUUAAUUUUGCAAAGGACCAAAGUGACGAUCACUCAGACCACUCGAUACGACGCAAAGAGGCUGUGGUGGACAUUCCUCUGCUGGGCAUGUCAGCCACUUCAAAGAAAAAAGAGAAGCCCAAGGAGAGCUUUGUGUGAGCCAAAGACUGAUUUCCAUUAGGAAUUAACUUGUGCCAGUGAAAUCCACUUAUUUCACCUUGCCAUUCUUGUGUCUGUGCUCCAGUCUGAUUUUUUUUGUACUCAGUGAGCCUUGAGAGGUCUGCUGCAGUACGCUGGUGCAGACACAGUAGCCUAGACACUAAAUGCAAGUCAAUGCAAACAGAUAACGAGUUUGCUCUGGAUGUGCUGUGGCGUGGUGGAGCCAAGAGCGUAGUGCUAAUUCCAGAUAAGUGUGUGAAAGUGAAACUUGAAUAUCGAAACCUUUCAUUCAUGUACGAACAGGACCAAGAAUCCUGUAUUUAUGCUGUUUUACAUUCUAUUUGUGCGUUGAGAAAUCUUUUAAGCACAGUGUUUAAUUGUGGAUUGGAAACUGUAAAUUAUAGUAAAUACAACCCUAAAAUUAGAAAAAGU